AAAAGUAAAUAAUAUAGAAAAUUGCCAAGCUCCGGAGGAGCUGAGGAGGAGCAGUAGUCUCCUUUACUUCUUCUCAACUCAAGUCCCCACUUUGAUCAUUGUCGAACCGAAAACCCUGCUAUGCACCUUAAUUGAAGCUGCAUCAUGGGUGCCGUUUGUUGUUGUUUCCCUGUUCCUAACAUUGCUGGCCAUGAAGAUGAGAACGGCUCGAACCAUGGAAACUGCCCUUGCCUCAAUUGCUGUAUACAAAGCAUUAGGGAUAAGGAAUUGGAGAAGAAGAAAAGGGUGGUGGAGACAGAGAGUGGGAAGGGGAUAUGGAGCUCUAUUUGCAAGAGGGAGUGGGCUUCCAGCCCUGAUAUCUAAUCAACGUGCAACCUCUCCAGACCCUGUGGUACCAACUCACAGUUCAGUUAUCACCAGAGCAUCUGAUAGAACUUUGCAAAUGAAUCCCAAUUCUGGAUAUUCUCCAGUGCCACAAGAUGUUAUCUGCAGACAUGACAAAGGCUCAAACCAUUCACGUGUAGAGCCAGAACCAGCAGGUGAUCCUGAAGUUCAACUAACGCCAAGACCUUCAAAAGUAGGAGACAGAUUAAUUUACAACCAAAGUGAGUCCUCGGUGAAGGACUUCUCGUCAAGCAUGCAAAAAGGAGUUGGUUAUGAUGUUACAUUCUCAGAAGAUGAAGAUGUAUGUCCUACAUGUCUUGAAGAGUAUACACUGGAAAAUCCCAAGAUAAUAACUAAAUGUUUUCACCAUUAUCACCUGAGUUGCAUAUACGAGUGGCUGGAGAGAAGUGAUACUUGUCCAGUUUGUGGAAUGUUGAUGGAAUUCAAUGAGACAUGACUUUGGAGUGCUGAUGCCACGGCAAGGAGGGCUGAAGAAAGACAAGAAUAAAAAA